AUGGCCCAGCCCUCGUUGAGCCCGAAGUCUGUCCACGUGAGAUUCGUCAUCAAGCUGCCAGUCUACAAAUGCGAGAUCUUGCGCACCACCACGUCAACCAGCGAGCGGUCGCCGGCCAGCAGCGUGGGCGUCACGAACGUCAAACGAGGGUUCUUCAUGCCUCUGUACGGGAAGGAAGGCGGCAGUCACAAGAGAUGGGCCUCAGUCUGCACAGACGGCUGGCAAGAGACAUGGUACGUCACGUCCACAAUGUUACGUGUGCACCCAUCCGGGGCGGUAACAGUAGCCGACGCGUCUUGUCCUCCGUAG